AUGAAAGAAGGAGUCUCCGAUGAAUUUUCCUCAGAUGAUGAUGAUGACGACAUUCUCUUAGAAUUAGGCACAAGACCUCCAAGAUUCACCCAAGUGCCGUCGUCAUCAAUAGCACUACAAACGCAACUACCUGUCAUUGGGGAAACACCAACAACCACAUCGAAUAAAAAGAGCGAUAAUGAUCAUGUGUUGGUAAAUCAACUAAAUAAAGCUCAAGGUGAAGCAAGCAUGCUUCGUGAUAAAAUCAACUUUUUAAAGAAUGAAAGAGAAAAAGAGAAAAACACUCAAGUUAUCAAAGUCAAUGAAUUGCAAGCUAAGCAUCUACAAGAGUUGGCCAAACUAAAACAAGAAUUACAGAAAUUAGAAGAUGAGAAAAAGUUUUUACAAAUGGAAGCAAGAGGGAAACCUAAAAAGGACUCCUCAGCCUUAAACGCACCACCAACGACAUCGUCUGCACCUACAAACACUAUGACACCAGAUUCAUCAUCAGUUACAAUAGAAGCAAAGAAUCAAUCCCCACAGUUAAAAAGACGUAAAAUUAACGACAUUUUACAAAAAAAAUGCAUAGUUCCCCUAAACCCCAACAGGAUCAUCCCCGAUGAAACAAGUUUAUUUCUAGAAUCACUAUUGAUUCAUCAAAUAAUAGGUACAAACUUGGGAACAAUAGAAAUACUCAACAGAUUAAAACUUGAACAGAUUGAUCAAUUUGAAUUUAAAAAUUUUGUCAUCUCUAAGGGCGCACCUAUAGGGAAAUCAAUAGUCUCUUUGCUUUUACGAUGUAAAAAGACUUUGACACUGGACAGAUUUAUAGAUACUUUACUAGAAGACAUAGCCGUGCUGAUCAAGGAAAUAUCAUUUCAUCCGAGUGAGUCAAAAUUGGCUGUCCCAUUUUUAGUUGCGCUGAUGCACCAAAUUAUCCAAUUCCGUCCGAGUGCUACACAUAAUUUGGCGUUAAAGGAUUUGUUCCUUUUUAUAUGCGAUCUAAUAAAGAUCUAUCAACAUGUAUUGAAAACACCAUUUCACGAAUCGAACAUGAAUUUGAAUGUAGAGCCUCAAAUCUUCCAGUAUGAGCUAAUAGACUUUUUGAUUAUUUCAUAUUCCUUUGAUCUGUUAGAGACUACUAUAAGAGUGUUACAAUCACACCCUAAACAAACCUAUAUGGAAUUUUUCGAUGAAAACGUACUAAAUUCAUUCGAGUUUGUCUACAAAUUAGCAUUAACCAUUUCAUACAAGCCAAUGAUAAAUGUGAUAUUUAAUACAGUGGAAGUACUUAAUAUUAUUUCAAAUAUCAUUUUAAACAUGGAAAAUCCUUCAAACCUGAAAUCUUUAGUGAGCAGCGUUUGGUGGAGAGAUUGUAUUACAAAAUUAUAUUCCCUCUUGGAAAGAGAAAUUAAGAGCGGCGAUGUGUAUAAUGAAAACGCCGAUACUACUGUUCUCCAUAUGUCUAAAUUUCAUGACUUCUUUGGAUUGGUUAGAAAUAUUGGUGGUAAUGAAUUGGGGGGGCUAAUAUCAAAUCUGAUCUAUGACGACCGGUUGCAAAGUAUACCGAGAGUAAUUUCUAAAGAAGACAUAGUGUCUGAUAAAGACAACCUGACUGCGCCCCUAAUAAAAUAUAAGUUAGAAAAAUGGCUUCUGAAAUUAAAGGACGAAGUGUUGAAUAUUUUUGAGAAUCUAUUAAUGAUAUAUGGAGACGAUACAAGCAUAAUAAAUGGAGAAAUGCUCAUCUGUUCAUCUGAGUUUUUAUCGAGGGAACAAGCACUAAUGGUAGAAAGGUAUGUAGGACAAGACUCGCCCAAUUUGGAUCUUCGGUGCCACCUUAUUGAACAUGCAUUGACAAUAAUUUAUACGCUAUGGAAAGACCAUUUUGAACAACUACGUGAAGAACAAAUUAAGCAAGUAGAAAGUCAACUAGUCAUGUCAUUAUGGAGAUUUCUCGUAUGCCAAACGGAAAAUGUGACAACAAACGAAAGAGAGAUGAAAGAUCAUCGACAUCUUGUAGACAGUUUGCAUGAUCUAAAUAUAAAAGACCAAGUCUCUUAUUAUGAAGAUGCUUUUGAAGAACUUCCAGGAUAUAUCGAAGAAGAGUUGAUGACGGAGUUAAAUAAGAGGACUGCAAGAAUAAUGCAAGUGAAAUACGAUGAAAAAUUUCAAGAAAUGGCAAGAAGUAUUCUAGAAUCAAAAUCAUUCGACUUAACUACACUAGAAGAAGCCGAUUCAUUGUAUAUUUCAAUGGGAUUGUGA